CGAAACAUAUAGGGGUGCAUCUAAAACCUCCUUCAUCUAUUCUCUCAAAACUUUUCUUUAUUCCAAUUUUGCCCUCAAACAUAGGGCGAGAGACAGACCUCUUCCUCUUCUUCCACUCACGCAGCCUUUGCUUCCUUCUCUCUACUCUCUUUUCUCGCCGUCUCUACCUCCGGCGACGGCAAACGGCAACGGAAGUGACUCCUCUAACAACAGGUUUCUCUACGCUCUCUUCUUUCAUUCUAUUCAAACUGUUUCUCUUUCAUUAUUAUUGAAUGAAUUGAUUAGAGACUUAAAAGAGUGAAGAUUUUGAGAAAAAUAUCUUAGAAGUUUCAGUGGAUGAUUUGAUUAAGCUUAAACUAGGGUUAGAAGGAUGUAUUUGAAAGGUUUGAUCUUUGGUAAAGUAGCCAUGAAUAAGGUUUCAAGAAUCAAUGGAAGGAGAUUUCUUUGUAGUUUCGCCAUUUCUGCACCUUUGAAUUAUUCAUCGGUUGCUCACUCUUCAAGGCCUUUAAGAAACUUUAAUAAAGAGUUUGAGAGUUGGAAUUGGAGAGGCAUUCACUCUUCUCCGUCGACUGAGCUGAUGAGCUAUCAAUCAGCUAAUGAUUUGAUACUUGGUUUUGAAGAUCAUGCUGAGGAAGAGGAAGAUGGCGUAAUUAACGAGUUCUUGUCUCGAUUCGUUUGGAUAAUGCGGGGUAAGCUCACUGAUUCUUACCCUGAUUUUAAUAAGGAGACUAUAGAUGGUAUGCUUUUGGUUAUUGUUGAGAAGGUUGUUUUGGAGAUCGAAAAGGGUGGUGUUGAGCAGAUGCUUGGUUCUUCGGCGGAAUCUACUACUGCUUCGCAGGAGUUUAGUGAAGAUUUGUGGAUAACAGUUUGGGAGGUGAGUAAUAUGGUUAUGGAUGAUAUGAAAAAGGCGGUUAAGAAGGAGAAAAUGAAGGGUUUUUUGCAAUGUGAAGAGGUUAAGGAGUUGUGUAGGUUUGCUGGUGAGAUUGGUAUUAGAGGGGAUAUGUUGAGGGAGCUUAGGUUUAAGUGGGCUCGCGAGAAAAUGGAAGAGAGUGAGUUUUAUCAAGGUUUGGAGCGUCUUAGAGACGAAGCUAAAGCUCAAGAUGAACAAGGUGAAGAAGCUGUGGCCGAUGGGGCUGAAGCUGCUGUUGUGGUUGGGGCGGAAGAGGAGGACAAACCUAAAGCUGUGUCUCUUCCCAAGAGACGAGGGAAGAUAAGGUACAAGAUUUAUGGUCUUGAUCUUUCUGACCCAAAGUGGGCUAUGGUGGCAGAUAAAGUUAAUGAGGCUGCAGAAGUAAUUUGGCCUGAAGAACCGAAACCAAUAUCUGGGGAAUGCAAACUUGUUACUGAUAAAAUAGUUUCAUUGACUGAGAAAGAUGAUCCAUCUCCACUUUUGGCUGAAUGGGCAGAGCUUCUUCAACCUAGUAAAGUUGAUUGGACCAAUUUGCUUGAUAGAUUGAAAGAACAGAAUACUGAGCUGUACUUUAAGGUAGCAGAACUUUUAUUAAGCGAGAAGUCUUUCCAAGCAAAUAUUCGUGAUUACUCAAAGCUUAUCGAUGCUCAUGCUAAAGAGAACCGUUUGGAAGAUGCAGAGAGAAUCCUCAAAAAGAUGACUGAAAAUGGUAUCAUGCCUGAUAUUUUGACUGCCACUGUUUUGGUUCACAUGUACAGCAAGGUUGGAAAUCUUGAACGUGCAGAAGAAGCGUACGAAAGUUUGAGGGCCCAAGGUUUCCAACUAGACUUUAAUCUUUACAAUUCCAUGAUCAUGGCUUAUGUCAAUGCCAAGCAACCUGGAAAAGCGCAUAAAAUAGUGAGGGAUAUGGAAGCGAGCAAUAUCAAUCCCACAGAGGAGAUGUACAUGGCUGUGUUUCGAUCAUUUUCCCAUAAAGGAGAUUGCAUUGGAGCCUUAAAUAUUUCCAGUUCCUUGCUGUGUGCUGGGUACCAAGUAAAUGCCGAGACUUGUAAAUUGCUUGUCGAGGCAUAUGGGAAAGCUGGCGAAUCUGUUAAUGCAAGGAACUACUUUGACCACUUAAGAAAACUUGGUGAAAUGCCAGACGACGAGUGCACUGGAAACAUGAUUUCAGCUUAUCAAGUGAAGAACCAAUUGGGUCUAGCCUUGGAACUUUUGUUGCAGCUCGAGAAGGAUGGUUUCGAACCGGGAGUAGCUACUUACACUGUUCUUGUGGAUUGGUUAGGAAAACUAAAACUAGUUGAGGAGGCCGAGCAAGUGGUGGCCAAAAUUUCCGAGCUGGGUGAAGCUCCUCCGCUUAAACUUCAUGUAAGCCUUUGUGAUAUGUAUUCAAAGGCUGGAAUUGAGAAAAAGGCUCUACAAGCUUUGGGGGUUCUCGAGGCUAGAAAGGAAGAAUUGGGUCAGGGUGAGUUCGAGAGGAUCAUAGAUGGACUUGUGGCUGGCGGCUUUCAGCAACAGGCUCGUAGGAUGGGGCAGUUGAUGGAGGCACAAGGUUUCACCAUUUCCGAUCCAUUGAAGGUAAAGUUGAUGGCGAAGCAAACUUUUCAAAGCACCGGACAAACUUUUCAAAGGACCAGACGAACCCGGGUAUGACAUAAUUUGGAUUCGUUUAAGGCUUUUUAGUUGCUAUGUUUCGAUAGUUCACUCAAACUUAAUAUUUAAAUUAUAUAAAUGUGUUUUGAUGUAAUAAAUAGAGAGAAUCUAUUAUUAGAAAAUGGAUUAAGUAGUAGGAAAUUUUUGAUAUUUUAUUUAAACAUUUACUAAAUAUUUCUGAAAUUUCAUCAGAACACUUCUAAAUUUCAAAACUUUGUUAAACAGGUUUUCAUUCA